AUGACUGCUAGAUCAGCAGUAUUGCCGCACGAGCGGCGAAAAGGCGAAUCUGCCUUGAGCGAUUUCGCCGACUACGUUGAACGGCAGCAAGCCGUCCGCUAUCCGCUAAACGCAGGCGCCGCCGGCGCUUUGGCCGCCACAACGGCUUCGCCCUCGAUAGCUUCGACUGCACCGACCUCGGUCACCUCCGCUGCCAACCGCGACGACACUCUCGACGAGCUCGACGACAUCCUCGACGCCCUCGACCUUGACGAUGCCGUCCCACUCAUCCCCAUGCGGCAGUUGCUGACGGCGCCCGGAGACGAGACCAGCGCAGGGGACGCCGAUGCCAACUUUGUGGCCCUCAGCACCCUCCUCGCCGAGCGCAUCGACGAGGGCAACGGCGAGGCUGUGUUGGACCUCGGGUUCGAGCACACGGGGGACACCCUCGGGCUCACCCGCGACCAGUGGGCCGUGGCGCUCGCACGUGUGGAGCGCGCUGCUGACCGCGCCGGCGCGGACUGCGAGCUUCUGCUAACGCGCAACGUGGGCGGUCCACUCGAUGUCGUGCAGGAAGGUGGCAACGGUGCAGGCGCAAGCGCAGGCGCAGGGACGGGCGUGGGUUCGGCCACGGACUGCACGGGCAAGCUCAUGAUCCGCCGCCGGCCGCGCAAAGUCGAGGACGUCAUUGAGACGCGCAUUGCCGUCGUGGGCAACGUCGACGCCGGCAAGAGUUCCCUGCUGGGCGUGCUUGUCAAGGGCGACCUCGACGACGGCCGCGGCCGAGCGCGCGUCAAUCUGUUCCGGCACAAGCACGAGUUCGAGACGGGCCGCACGAGUUCUGUCGGCAUGGAGAUUCUCGGGUUCGACACGCGCGGCCGCGUCGUAGCGUCCGACACCCCGGGCCGCAAGCUGUCGUGGGAGGAGAUUGGCAAGCGCAGCGCCAAAGUCAUUACGUUUACCGAUCUCGCAGGCCACGAGCGGUACCUGCGCACCACCAUGUUCGGCAUGAUGUCGACGGCGCCCAAUUAUUGUCUGCUUAUGGUGGCGGCCAACAACGGCCUGAUCGGCAUGAGCAAAGAGCACCUGGGCAUCGCCCUCGCCCUCAACGUGCCCAUCAUGGUCAUCAUCACCAAAAUCGACAUCUGUCCGCCCAACAUUCUGGCCGAGACCAUUACGCAGAUCACGCGUGUCCUCAAAAGCCCGGGCGCCCGCAAGAUUCCCAUCUUUAUCAAGAACCGCGACGACUGCGUCAACACGGCCACCCAGUUUGUCAGCCAGCGCAUCUGCCCCGUGUUCCAGAUUUCCAACGUGACCGGCCAGAACCUGGACCUCGUGCGCACGUUCCUCAACAUCCUGCCGCACCACGGCCGCUAUGACGCGGGCGGCGCCUUUGAGUUCCACGUCAACGACACCUACUCCGUGCCUUUUGUCGGCACCGUCGUCAGCGGCAUCGUCAAGUCCGGUGUCGCCCACGCCGGCGACGCCAUCUGGAUCGGCCCGGAUGCCAACGGCCACUUUGCCCCCACCAGCAUCCGCUCCAUCGAGCGCAAACGUCUCGGCGUGCCGGCCGCGUCGGCCGGGCAGUCCGCGUCCUUUUCCCUCAAAAAGAUGCGCCGCAAAGACGUCCGCAAGGGCCAGGUGGUCCUGCACCGCACCGACGACAGCACGCCGCCCCGCGUCUACCGCGAGUUUGUGGCCGAGGUGCUGAUUCUGUCGCACGCCACCACCAUCAAGCACAAGUACCAGGCCACCGUGCACGUCGGCCCCGUCCACCAGACCUGCGCCAUCGUCGACAUGGACCGUCCGCUGCUGCGCACCGGCGAGCGCGCCCUCGUUGCGUUCCGCUUCCUGCAGCGGCCCGAGUUUUUGGUUCCGGGCGACCGCCUGCUCUUCCGCGAGGGCCGCACAAAGGGUCUUGGUAUCAUCAAAUCCGUGGGCUACGACCCAUCUCAUCCUCUCAUGUCGACACCGGCGGCUGGCGGGGACGAGGCCGAGGCCGAGACCGAGACUGGGGCUGCUGCGCCGACCACGACGAAGUAA